AUGGUGACAGACAGAGCUCCAGACAUCUAUGUCCCAUUGAUGCUACCCAAGGGUCACGGAUAUCCAUUGUGGCUUCCGGACCCGCUUUCGAAUCUUCCCCCUGCUUAUCUUAGCCGCGGAACACAAAUCGGCGAUCUUGGAUAUCUUGCUGAUGACGGAGGAUUCGUGUACCUCUUUAAUGUGUGCAAGGAUGCUGAUGAUCCAGUCAACCUAAACAGGGUUCCUCCAGGCUUUGUACCGCUGACAAGUAACUCGAAUCUUGGUGUACUAGAGCGAUUAGAAAUGCACGAUAAGAACUCGACGAUUACCACCUCUGCGGUGGAACAAAAGUCGAUUGAGUUUGAUGUAUCAGCCGAAGCACCCACUGCCUUGGGGGCGGGUUGCGGUUUUGAAUUUACGAGUUCAAGCGAGCAGGGUGCCGUCCUUGUCCUUCCAGAUGGCGGCGAACGCUACGAUUGCGCAUCUCUUGACAUGUUCGAAGAAUAUGCAAUAGCCAAUGCCCAUAGCUGGUACAAAUACCUUAACGGCCAGGGACAGGGCAGGCAGAUCCGUAAUGGUAUGCUAUACCUUGUAACCGGAUGCGACAAGUGCUACUCUUGGGGUAACGCGUGCUAUUCACAUCUCACACAGUCGCGCUGUGCAUCGUUAAAAUUUUUGACUACUGGUGUUGCAGAACUCAGCGGAACAUUACGCUACAGGUGGGAGGUACAAUCCGGUGUUCAUAAACGGAGUCACCACCGCGACAUGACACCAGGAGCUAUUGCGAACCAGACUGUCUUCUUGCGUGGAUACUCAAUCUCGGUCCGUGAAUCAUCGGCGUUACGGUUGUUACUAGGUGUCAAAACGGUGAAAGUAUCCAAGAGCGACAUGACAAACUGUAAGCAGCUGCGGGCUGAGUCUAGGGUUCCUUAUGCUACAGAGCAAAGGAACGUGGUAUUGGCAACGACGGGAAUGAGCACGUCGGGAACCACCCAGGUGAUACCGCUAGCUCCUUUUUACAAAGUCGUAUAA